AUGAGGACACUGAAAAAUGUAGCUGUAAAAAGAAGAGGAUCUGUCACUAUUCCAUGUCUUUAUGAUGAGAAGUACAAAGCAAACAGUAAAUUCUGGUGCAAAGGGUACUAUUGGGCUACCUGCAGUAUCGUAGCCUAUGCAAACUCAAGUGAAAAUCCAUCAGUCAUUGAUCAUCCAGAGCAGAAUUUGUUCACAGUGGAACUGAACUCUGUCUCUGAGUCUGGAACGGGUUGGUGUGCUGCAAAAAUUGGGGAUAAAUGGAAGCUGGAUGACCGUGAUUAUUGGUACCUGACAGUUAGUCAAGAUCCUGAUCUGUCAAUGAGGGAGAGCAGAGUGAGAGGUGAGGAAGGAGACAACGUCACAGUCCAGUGUCUCUACAGUGCUGCGUAUCAGAAUAAACAGAAGCAGUGGUGCAGAUUUAAAGAUGGACAAUGCAACACAGUGAGGACUGAAACAUCCCAGAAUUCAUCAGUGUACAUCAGUGAUGAUGGGAGAAGAUCCUUCAGUGUGACCAUGAGAAGACUGAAGAAGAGUGAUGCUGGAUGGUACUGGUGCAGUGCAGGAGAUCUGCAGGUUCCUGUUCACAUCAGUGUCAGUGAUCCACCUCCAGAGGUAGAGAGCAUGAGGACACUGAAAAAUGUAGCUGUAAAAAGAAGAGGAUCUGUCACUAUUCCAUGUCUUUAUGAUGAGAAGUACAAAGCAAACAGUAAAUUCUGGUGCAAAGGGUACUAUUGGGCUACCUGCAGUAUCGUAGCCUAUGCAAACUCAAGUGAAAAUCCAUCAGUCAUUGAUCAUCCAGAGCAGAAUUUGUUCACAGUGGAACUGAACUCUGUCUCUGAGUCUGGAACGGGUUGGUGUGCUGCAAAAAUUGGGGAUAAAUGGAAGCUGGAUGACCGUGAUUAUUGGUACCUGACAGUUAGUCAAGAUCCUGAUCUGUCAGUGAAUGAGAGCAGAGUGAGAGGUGAGGAAGGAGACAACGUCACAGUCCAGUGUCUCUACAGUGCUGCGUAUCAGAAUAAACAGAAGCAGUGGUGCAGAUUUAAAGAUGGACAAUGCAACACAGUGAGGACUGAAACAUCCCAGAAUUCAUCAGUGUACAUCAGUGAUGAUGGGAGAAGAUCCUUCAGGGUGACCAUGCGCAGACUGAAGAAGAGUGAUGCUGGAUGGUACUGGUGCAGUGCAGGAGAUCUGCAGGUUCCUGUUCACAUCAGUGUCAGUGAUCCACCUCCAGAGUUAGAGAAUCAAACCAGGAUCAGAGAGAAGAGCAAUGACACCACUGUUCCCACAGUUAAGAAUAAGCCCACUUGUUCUGCUGAAGACUCGAUUAUAUACAGCACUGUGGCUACAAAGAGGAUGACUUACUGUUUGGCUGUGGAGCCUCAGGGAUCUCUACUGGGUCUCGUGUUCAUCCUCAACAUCCUAACAGAUAAAAUCCCAGCUAAGAAUAAGCCCACUUGUUCUGCUGAAGACUCGAUUAUAUACAGCACUGUGGCUACAGCUAAACCAAAGAGGAUGACUUACUGUUUGGCUGUGGAGCCUCAGGGAUCUCUACUGGGUCGCGUGUUCAUCCUCAACAUCCUUACAGAUAAAAUCUCAGAUGAUGCAGAACUUGUGGGAACAUACUGUAAUGUUGACGAGCAUUCGGGUGGACGAGAGGUAGAGAGCAUGAGGACACUGAAAAAUGUAGCUGUAAAAAGAGGAGGAUCUGUCACUAUUCCAUGUCUUUAUGAUGAGAAGUACAAAGCAAACAGUAAAUUCUGGUGCAAAGGGUACCAUUGGUCUACCUGCAGUAUCGUAGCCUAUGCAAACUCAAAUGGAAAUCCAUCAGUCAUUGAUCAUCCAGAGCAGAAUUUGUUGACGGUGGAACUGAACUCUGUCUCUGAGUCUGGAACGGGUUGGUGUGCUGUAGAAAUUGGGGAUAAAUGGCAGCCAGAUGACCGUGAUUAUUGGUACCUGACAGUUAGUCGAGAUCCUGAUCUGUCAGUGAGGGAGAGCAGAGUGAGAGGUGAGGAAGGAGGCAACGUUACAAUCCAGUGUCUCUACAGUGCUGCGUAUCAGAAUACACAGAAGCAGUGGUGCAGAUUUAAAGAUGAACAAUGCAACACAGUGAGGACUGAAACAUCACAGAAGUCAUCAGUGUACGUCAGGGAUGAUGGGAGAAGAUCCUUCAGUGUGACCAUGAGCAGACUGAAGAAGAGUGAUACUGGAUGGUACUGGUGCAGUGCAGGAGAUCUGCAGGUUCCUGUUCACAUCAGUGUCAGUGAUCCACCUCCAGAGGAACUGCUUGAUCUGUCAGUGAUUGAGAGCAGAGUGAGAGGUGUGAAAGGAAGCACAGUUACAGUCCAGUGUCUCUACAGUUCUGAGUAUCAGAAUAAACAGAAGCAGUGGUGCAGAUUCAAAUAUGGACAAUGUCAGUCAUCGGGUGAUAACGAACAUAUGACUAGGCCUAGACCAGUGAGAGCCAGAGAUGUUCUGUAUCGCAGACAACUGAAGGACGUGAUCUUGGUGACAUAG